AUGGCCGGUUCCCUCGUCCACCGGGGUCUUGCCGAAUUCCUAGAGGCUGCAAUCCACUUUAGGGCGACUGAUUACACUGCCCUUGCUGGAUUUACAGUCUGGGCUUAUGAUAUCCUCUUGACAUUGGAUGAAGAGCUCACCCUGCUGUGGUCGAGAAAGGGUAGCGUCCUGCUCAAGACUAUUUAUAUACUCAACCGGUACCUACCCAUCCUAGGAUUUGGAAUGGUUGUUUCUAGUCACAAUCCGAUACUAAACCUCGCACAAAAUCCCCAAAUGCCUAGUACAUCUCAUCGCUAUCACAGUGUGUCAGACUGUCGGGGUUAUCAUGACUACCAGGCUUCACGCCCAGCCAUCUUCAUCAUUCGACUGUACAGCAUCUAUGUUAGACACCCUCGAAUACAGGUACUCCUGGUGGGUAUUAUGGCAGCUUCUCAUCUCACUCUUGUCGUUAUCACGAUCAACAUGAUGGUGGUUGCUGCUAAAACCAUGUACUAUAACCCCUUGUUGCGGGCCUGUAUCGCGGACGUGUCCCGGACGCUUGGUGGAUACUAUAUCGUGCCGAUCUUUGUCGAGAGUGUAAUUGCGUUUGCGACAUUGUAUCACGCGCUAGCGUUUCGUCAACAUCGCACAACGAUGAGGCAAACACCCACCACGGCCAUAUUGAAUGCACUGUAUAUUGACGGGUUUUGGUUCUACCUGUACGCCUUGUGCCUCCGGGUGGCUCUUUGUCUCGUGUACUGGAAUGCUGCGAGCACGCUAGUGCUGGUGCUGUGCUAUCUAGAGUAUGGACUGACGAGCACGAUCACCUCUCGUUGGUUUCUCAAAUUUCGCAAGCUACUCAUAGACUCAUGGGAGACAUCAAGCGUCUCGAGGGAUACAAGAGCUGAUGUUACUGACCUUACGAACAUCACGGGCGCAGCCAUCGACUUUGCAUCGAGAAGGAGGUUCAAUUCAAUGCUUUCGUCCCAAGGGAGCGCGGGGUCGAUACCAAACGCAAGACCGACGCCGUCGACUGGAAAAUAUGCCCCAGCGAUACUGAGCGUGCAGGAGGAGGAGCAUCCCAGAGAGCACCACGAACUCGACGAAUAUAGGGAGAAUAAUGUAUGA